UCAAUUCAUGUAAAUCAUUUAUAUUUUUUCUAUAGCAAUAAUCGUUUAGUUAGAAAAGUAGAACGAUCGUUUCUUAAAGUAAUUGAUCUUUCAGGUACCUCUUAAUUUCACACUUUGGACACAAUCCAUCAAACCACAUCUACCAAUAUUCUUAUAACGAUUACAGUCAACAUACAUCACAUAUGUACACAUGGAGGUUAUGUCAUUUAAUACCUCGACUAUUACUAAGACUUUUAAACUGAUAAAACCACACCGUAAGAGGGUUUUUCCACACUGUAAAUUUCCUCAACACGUGACCACUUAUCAUACAUAUUCAUGGCGGAUGGUUUGGGUGUUUAACACCACAGUUAGCUGUUCACAAAUUCCAGUAUCUGACGUAAGCACUGGUGCUGUCAGUAUUAUCAUUCAAAUCAAGUAUCUGACGUUCUUGAUUAACCUCGUGUUAUUGUUGUGGUAUGGUACGUAUAUCAGCAGGUGUUCUCUGUAUUAUUAUCAAACUUCAUCACGAAGAACUUCCGGAAUAUUUCGCUCGGCGAUGAUAAUGUGAAACGUUAUGAAACAGGGCUUCUGAAGAGAUUUGAUACAACGACGAGUAACAACGACUAAAUUAAACGCAAUGGAUGUUACAUAGACGUAAACUCAUUUACAUUAGGCAUAGACUCUUCCAAGCAAAGUCUGAGAUUGAUUUUGAUUUAAUCAGAUAGCGAAAACAUAAUGGCAUCUGUGAGUUCCAUCAGAUCUAAAGAAUGGCGCGCUAAGCGUAAAGAUGAUGCAGAAUAUUGGGAACAAGAGCGAAAACGAAAACGGAAGGCAAGACAGUCAUGUUCCGAAGAGAAGAAACAGCAUGACAGGGAAUUGAGUAAGAAAAGACAGAAGAGAUUUCGGGAACGUAAGAAGUCGGCAAAGUGCAAUGUUACAUUUUUGCCAUUGGAUAUAUCAACUGUUAACGACGGAGGUAGGGUACCAGCUAUUUCUGAUGAUGUGAGAUCUUCUGGAGAGUUUGGUAUACUAUCAGUGUCGAAUCCUAACACAUUCCAUGUUAGUAUGGAUACAGAUUUGGAUAAGGGACCAGGAGAUAGUGUUUGCGAAUCAGCCGAAAUCGAGGAAGAAGGUGGUCCUGUGUUUCUCUAUAACGUCGAUGGUAACAACUGGCACAAGAAAAGCAAACCGUUGACCGAACAGUGUGGCAAUAAAGGAGCUGAAGGCAUGGCGUCUAUUUCUGUUACUGGUGGCGAAGGAAGAGAAGCAUAUUUUAAAAGAAUACAAGCUUCAUUGUCUGAAGUGGAGGACUUUGAUUUGUUACAAAUGAAGUGUAAUGAAUUCUCACAUCAAAUCGAAGAAAUGUACCCUAUAGAAAAUCUCCCAACACUGGACGUGACGGGAUAUCAAUUGGAUAAUGUCGCAUCCAGCUUGUAUCCACACGAAGAUGCACCUGAUGAUUUUGUUCCCAUCAGAACAGUUGGCGAUGGAAACUGUCUGCCACGAGUCGGCAGUUUGUUCGCUUUUGGAAAUGAAAAACACCAUAAUGAAAUAAGAGUCCGGAUGUUCAUAGAACUGUGUCGAUAUGAACAUUAUUACUUAGAUGAUUCUUAUCUAAAAAGAGGAACAGAACAAGGACUAGUCAAUAUUUCAAAGACUCUGGCAUUGUUUUCAGAUGUGUUUGUCCCACAUGAAGAAGACGGAGUCCGGCUUGCUUUUCGGCAAUAUGUGAAAAAUAUAUUGAAGACGAACAGCUUUAAUGGUAUGUGGAGCAUAUUUGCACUAUCUAGCGUUCUUGGUGUGCAAGCAUUGUCAAUAUACCCAUCAUAUGGUGGGUACAAUGUGAGACCAGAUCUCCACCGUCUGGUCAUGCCUCGAGUGUUUCGACAGGAGAAAAGUAAAACCGUCCAUAUCAUGUGGACAAGCACACACGGAAAGCAAGUUGAGCCCAAGUCAUGGACUCCAAAUCAUUUUGUCGCUGUUCUUCCAACACUCGAUAGAAGACCUACACCAAGAGAAAAUGAUGACUUACCAAUGCAACACGAGCAAUCAGGAUCGCAACCUAUAACCGACUCAAUCAGAGGUUCAGAACCCAUAGAGUCCCUUUCGUCCAACUUUGAUGCAUCUGUAGAAAGUCCUACAACACAUUUUCUCAAUUCUGUUUGUACAAGAGAUGCGACAAUAGUUCCCAAUGACAAAGCUGAUUCAAGGACUACAGUGCUAGCACCCACUGAUCAUAUGAACAUUGGAAAUCCUACUCGAGUGAAUAACACAUUUCUAUCUCAUUUGAACGAGCGCAACCCGUCUAAGGAUAUGAUUGACCAACAUGGAGCAAUGGAUCUAAGAAGCGAAGAUCGAUGCCCAUUACACUCAAAGGAAGAGCUGUUAUACCUCUGUACGACAUGUGGCGCACUUCCUGUAUGUUACAAAUGUCAUCUUGAAAGUCAUCAGCAGCAUACCUUUGCAGACCUAAAGAUGUGCCUAGAGGCUAACGAAAUGAUUUAUCUUAAGAAAAUUACGAAGAAACAUGAAGAAAAUUUGAAAAAUAAAAUCAAACAACAAAAACAGGACCAUGUCGAAAAUAUGGAAUCAAUAGAUAGGAAGAUAGAAACGACUUUUGAAUAUUACAAAGGGCAGUUGGCUAAAUGGAAACAUCUUAUGCAUGAGACGAAAUCAAAAUCAGACCAGAAAGUGAUAGACCGCAUGCAGGUCCUAGAAUCUGAAUUAAGGGACACAGACGCAUUUGCAGCAAAAGCAUGUCAUUAUCUGAAGUCGCUGCCGAUAUCAAAACGGCUUUCUGUGAUGACAGCAGAACCACAACCAGAAAAUAUAUCGAAGAGUCACCCUCGCUUACAUCUAUUGUUUCGUGCCGGGCCGGACACUUCUUUAGAUCAAUUUGGAACUCUUGCAGAAAUACCUUACCAUGAUGAGUUGUGA